AUGGCGGGUUUGACUAUAAGAGAUCCUGCGGUGGACCGUUCGUUAUGUUCUGUGUUCGUGGGGAACAUUCCUUAUGAAGCCACUGAAGAGCAAUUAAAAGACAUCUUUUCUGAGGUUGGACCUGUUGUUAGCUUCAGGUUGGUGUAUGAUAGGGAAACAGGAAAACCAAAGAGUUAUGGCUUCUGUGAAUACCAAGACCAGGAGACGGCCCUUAGUGCCAUGCGGAACCUGAAUGGGCGUGAGUUCAGUGGGAGAGCACUUCGAGUGGACAAUGCUGCCAGUGAGAAGAACAAAGAAGAGCUGAAGAGCCUUGGCACUGGUGCUCCUGUCAUUGAGUCACCUUAUGGAGAGACCAUCAGUCCUGAGGAUGCCCCUGAGUCCAUUAGCAAAGCAGUUGCCAGUCUUCCACCAGAACAGAUGUUUGAGCUGAUAAAACAAAUGAAGCUUUGUGUCCAGAACAGUCCCCAGGAAGCACGAAACAUGUUGCUUCAGAAUCCUCAACUGGCUUAUGCCUUGCUGCAGGCACAGGUGGUGAUGAGAAUUGUGGAUCCAGAGAUUGCUCUGAAAAUUCUUCAUCGCCAGACAAAUAUCCCAACGCUGAUUGCAGGCAACCCUCAGCCAGUCCAUGCCGCUGGGCCUGGCCCAGGGUCCAAUGUGUCAGUGAACCAGCAAAAUCCUCAGGCCCCUCAAGCCCAGUCUUUGGGUGGAAUGCAUGUCAAUUGUGCACCUCCUCUGAUGCAAGCUUCUAUUCAGGGUGGCGUUGCAGCACCAGGGCAAUUACCAACUGCUGUAACAGGACCUGGCCCUAGUUCCUUAGCUCCUGGCGGGGGAAUGCAGGCCCAGGUUGGAAUGCCUGGAAGUGGGCCAGUAUCAUUGGAGCAGGAACAAGUACUGAUGCAAGACCCCAGAGGAGCUAUGCAGCGUGGACCCUUGCCUGCCCAUGUUCCAUCUCGUCGAGGUCUGUUAGGAGAUGCUCCAAAUGACCCACGUGGCGGCACUUUACUUACUGUAACUGGAGAGGUAGAGCCUAGAGGUUACAUAGGACCACACCAUCAGGGUCCACCCAUUCACCAUGUCCCUGGCUAUGACAACCGUGGCCCACCCCCAGAUGAGAUGAGAGGAGGGCCAUUAGCGGAGCCCAGACCUCUAAUGGCAGAGCCAAGAGGACCCAUGCUAGAUCAGAGGGGUCCACCCUUGGACGGCAGAGCUGGUAGAGAUCCCCAAGGAAUAGAUGCACGAGGAAUGGAGGCACGAGCCAUGGAGGCAAGAGGAUUAGAUGCCAGAGGAUUGGAGGCCCGUGUGAUGGAGGCCUGUGCAAUGGAGGCCCGCGUGACGGAGGCCCAUGCGAUGGAGGCCCGUGCAAUGGAGGUCAGAGGGAUGGAGGCCAGAGACAUGGAUACAAGGGGCCCAGUCCCUGGACCUAGAGGCCCUAUGCCUGGUGGAAUCCAGGGCCCUGGUCCAAUUAACAUGGGGACAGUUGGCCCCCAGGGAUCUAGACAGGUCCCAGUCAUGCAGGGAACAGGCAUGCAAGCAGUCAGUAUACAGGGUGGAGGCCAGCCUGGUGGUUUUAGUCCUGGGCAGAAUCAAGUCACUCCAAAGGAUCAUGAGAAGGCUGCUUUGAUUAUGCAGGUUCUUCAACUGACUGCAAAUCAGAUUGCCAUGCUGCCUCCUGAGCAAAGGCAGAGUAUCCUGAUCUUAAAGGAACAAAUACAGAAAUCCACUGGAGCACCAUGAAAGGUUCUCAAAAAUACCUGGCAACAAAUCUGGAAAAUAAUUCCAUAAUUUUGUUGAAAUAUUGAAAAAGAUGACUUCUACAUCAUAGCCUCAAAUGACUCAAACUGGUGCCAGGUGGAGGACUCCCAUCACUUUCUCUCCAAACAAAAUCAAUUUAUUUCUGUUGUCUUAGUUUGUAUAUUUUCUGUGACUUGAAAUAAACUGAACACAAUUUUUGUACACUGCAGAUUGAUAUACCUGACCUUUUUGCUUGUAAAAAGCUGAAGACCAAGGGUGAAACCUUAGAUGUGUUUUCUACCCUUACCAUAGUAUUGAACUGUAAAGUUCUGUCGCCAUAGCUCUGUUUUUACUUUUAAGUUAACCAUUUAUUCUUGUUGAAUGUAUUUGUGAAAUUCUCUGAAGCAACAUUUUCUGGAAUUUAGUGUUUGUUUAGUUUGCUUUCAGCAGGAAUGGUAAGGCUUUGCCCAUUAACUUUCUAAAAUUUCUUUCUGCAUCUACUGAGAGAAAAUAGCAUGUGCUUAAAACUGUAAAAUGGUCAGAUGGCCAAAAAGCAAAGAACCUAGCAGAGCAGUGUGCUUAGUUGUACACAGAUCCAAAUAUCAAAAAAUGCCAUUUUAUAACAAUAGCAGAUCUCUUCACAUGCAUUGUUCAGAGUUAAGGCAAAGAUGUGUUAGCACUGGUUUGAGUUUGUGUCAACAACAUAAAAGACUGUUAACACUUACUUGUCUGUUCUAACACUCCAGUCUGGGUAGUCAAGAUAAAAAUUUUUAAAAAGCCACUAAUUUUUCAUAUGUUUGAGUGAAUGAAACUAAACAAAAACCAAAUGAACAAAAUGCAUUUUAUCCUAUCUUCCAGGUAAUCACUAACCUACAGCUCUACCCUAUUACCAAAUUUAUUCUGGUAAAUUAAAACAUAGUAGACCUCUACAUCUUUCUCAUUUAUUUUAAGAGGACCAAAUAUAGAGCACAAGCAGUCAGAUUACCCAUUAGGUCUGCCCCUUCCUGCUUCUUUGCAAAUAGGUAUGAAUAUUUCCUAUAUAUUCCUAUAUACCUGUGGCCUUCUAACCUUGUAUUCUUUCUGUCUCUCAUGGUGGCAUUAAGGGGGAGCACGGUUUCUCUCCAUUAGUCCAACCUCAAAAUAUUAAGGGUUGCCUAAAUGCCUAAACCAUUAGUCAAGUUCUACUGGAACUACUCUUGAACCUAUUUUUGUUCUUUGAAUCCUACCCCCUAGGUUAGGAUUACAGUCAGGUGAAUUAAAAGCCUAGCAUAGGCUUAGAGAAUGUAAUAGCAUAUUGUUUACAUGCCAAGCAAAAGAAUGCAAAGAUAAUCAACUUCAUGACAGACACUGAAAUUGAGGGAUUUUCUGCUCUCAUAUAUAAACAUUUAUAACAAAAAUUUGUUGGAUAAGAUAUUUCAUGUAUCCUAGGAAGAAAAACUUGCUUGGGGGGCUAGCUUGCAGGGUAUCUGCUCAUCCUGAAUUCAGGCUUGGAUGUUGAUUUUGAAUAGGAUUUAUUAUCAUUACCUUUUCUGCCUACUUCCAUGGAUAUUCAGGCCUUGAUAAUGUUGAUUUUGGUGGCUGUCAUGACUUGAAGUGUGAAUAUUUUUAGACAUUGAGACUAAUAAUGAAGUCUUUCUCAUUAGGAACUUCUAAAUUUCAAGGGAACAGUGUGGUUCCAAAUCAAGGUCGUUGAAGAACAAAUUGUCAUUUUAUUAGCAGUUGUCUAAUAGGAAUCAUAUCUUCAAGGUUCUAUUGUGCAUUUUCCUAAGGUUUUAUUAAAUUUAAUAUAGAUAGCUGAAAUCUGAGUGAAUAGAUUGACAACAGCAGUGGUAUCCCAAUCUAACCCGAUGGAAACACUCAUCAGUAUUUUUUACUUUUGUCCAAUUAAUCAACUAAACAUCAUUAGCUACCAUGAGUUUAUGACAUACCUUUAUUGUGUCUAGAGUAGUGACUGAAAAACCAAUCUUACUAAUUCUUUAAGCCAUAUAGGUUUCUGGAUAAUGAGAAACAGACAUUUGUUCAUUCUUGGUCAUUUAAGGGUAGAGAAAUAGGUGCUAUAAUGCUAAUUCAGUAGAAACAUUCUGAGAGGUCUGUAAUGAGUUGAAUUGUCUUUGAGCACAAUGAAGGGUGGAUUUUUUCCCCCUUUUAGGGCCCCAGUUGAUUCAGUGUAACAACAAACAUCCUAGAGCAGGUGUGGCCAUUGUAGGCCAAGGUUGGAUAGAUGGGAGAAAUAAAAAGCAUUAUGAUGGGAGAAAGAAGGCAUUUUGCUUAUGUCAUUGGGUGAAUGAUUCCAUAGUGUACAGGAGCCCAAAAAGUAUCAUAAUUCUAAACUCUUUACCUUAAAAAAAAGACAUUAAUAACCCCC